CACCCACUCUUCUUUCUCUCUCUAAUUUUUUUGUAGAUCCAAAAAAAAAUCUACAAAUCAAAAACCCAGCCAUGACUUCUUCAGUUUCUCUAACCGUUGAGAAAACAUCAGCCGGCCGAGAAUACAAAGUAAAGGACAUGUCCUUGGCUGAUUUCGGCCGGUUGGAGCUGGAGUUAGCUGAAGUUGAGAUGCCCGGUUUGAUGUCGUGCCGGACCGAAUUCGGUCCGUCUCAGCCUUUUAAAGGCGCACGCAUCACCGGGUCAUUACACAUGACUAUUCAGACAGGUGUUUUGAUUGAGACUCUAACUGCUUUAGGCGCUGAAGUUAGAUGGUGCUCCUGUAAUAUUUUUUCCACUCAGGAUCACGCUGCUGCUGCCAUCGCUCGUGAUUCCGCUGCUGUCUUUGCCUGGAAAGGCGAGACUCUUCAGGAAUACUGGUGGUGUACGGAACGGGCUUUGGACUGGGGUCCAGGGGGAGGACCCGAUUUGAUUGUGGAUGACGGAGGUGAUGCAACUUUGUUGAUUCAUGAAGGAGUGAAGGCAGAGGAAGAGUUUGCGAAAUCCGGGAAGUUGCCCGACCCGACAUCCACCGAUAAUGCCGAGUUUCAGAUCGUGUUGUCGAUCAUUAAAGAAGGGUUAGCUAGUGAUCCGUUGAAGUACCAUAAGAUGAAGGAUAGGUUGGUUGGUGUGUCUGAAGAGACGACAACCGGUGUUAAGAGGUUAUACCAAAUGCAAGCUAAUGGAACAUUGUUGUUCCCUGCUAUUAACGUUAACGACUCUGUCACCAAGAGCAAGUUUGACAACUUGUACGGAUGUCGCCACUCUCUCCCUGAUGGUUUGAUGAGAGCCACUGAUGUUAUGAUUGCUGGAAAGGUUGCUGUUGUAUGUGGAUACGGAGAUGUUGGAAAGGGUUGUGCUGCUGCCAUGAAACAAGCUGGCGCUCGUGUCAUUGUUACAGAAAUUGACCCCAUCUGUGCUCUUCAGGCUACCAUGGAAGGUCUCCAAGUCCUAACCUUGGAAGAUGUCGUCUCCGAGGCUGAUAUCUUCGUCACCACCACCGGUAACAAAGACAUCAUCAUGGUUUCGGACAUGAAAAAGAUGAAGAACAACGCAAUCGUCUGCAACAUUGGUCACUUUGACAAUGAAAUCGACAUGCUUGGACUUGAAACCUACCCUGGUGUCCAGAGAAUCACCAUCAAGCCCCAAACGGACAGGUGGGUCUUCCCCGAAACCAAGACCGGCAUCAUUGUGUUGGCUGAGGGUCGUCUCAUGAACUUGGGUUGUGCCACUGGUCACCCCAGUUUCGUGAUGUCAUGCUCUUUCACCAACCAAGUGAUUGCCCAACUUGAGCUAUGGAAAGAGAGGACAAGUGGCAAGUACAAGAAGGAAGUGUAUGUGUUGCCCAAACAUCUUGAUGAAAAGGUUGCUGCACUACAUCUUGGAAAGCUUGGAGCCAAGUUGACCGUGCUCACCAAGGACCAAGCUGACUACAUCAGUGUGCCAGUUGAGGGUCCUUACAAGCCACUUCACUACAGGUACUGAGAGCCGGUUGUAACGGGAGGUUUGAAGAGAGGUGGUUUUUGUGACUGCUCUCGCUAUAAGAUACAUCUUCGCUAUGGCGUUUUAGGGUUUAGUUGUGUUAUUUUUACGGGAGUGUUGGCGGGAUGAAACUGCUCGAUUAAUUUUUUUCCUGAGAAAAAGUCAUUGAUGUCAGUUUGAAUAAGGGUGUUUGUUUGAAGGUUGUGUAAUAUCAUUGUAGACUUUUUGGGUUA